AUGUCUUCGACGCUCAUCUUCGUCUCGCCGGACGAUGGCCGGUCAUCUACGCCUCGUCAUGGCCCGAUAAACUCAUCUCGAGGAAGUGGAGCAGGCGCUGCCAACGGUCCACGCAAACCAGGUUUCUUGCUCAAUCCUGCUGAGCUGACCGCCGGUGGAUCAAGUGGCUCUCGGUCGAACAGCUCUACUUCGCUCAAUGACCGACGACCGACGAGGAGUGACAGCGAAAGGCGGGAAGAGCGCAGACGUCGAAGAAGAGCUCAGAGAGCUGCCUCUGCGGGACAAGAAGAGCCAGAGUCGCCGUCGUCAGAAACGCCUCUAUCGAGCUCAGAUGGUUCAGCAAGCCAUCGCGUCUACAAUACUGAGCAGCCCGACUUGGCAUGGGCAGAGUAUCUCACCGCGUAUCGUGCGGGCAGCUUCCCUGCCGAUUCCACGCCACGGCAGCCAUCACUACUUGCCCGCUUAGACGAAGAGGAAGGCGCAGACAUGUCGCAGUCGGACUGGGAAUCUUAUACGAGCUCACGACACGCGAGCAUUGAUGCUGGCCCGCCGCUUAAUGCGCAGAUGCUCCAGAGCCGUAACAAUAGCGCUAGCACCGCCUCGACAGCCGUCGCGCGCACCGCUCUCGCGGCGCUCUCAUUGCACAGCCGAAAGCCAUCCUUGCCAGCGCCAUCAGAGGACGAUACUGGAAUUUUUGUUCAAGAUGCAGCCUACGCACAGAACGAUCAGACGAAUACUGCUGAGUAUGCUCACCGAUCAGUGUCGCUGCAUUCGCCUACUUCGUCGAUCACCGGCCAUCUGAGCGACAGCGAUGAGGGUGCUGGCAUGCAAGUGUAUGAAACCAGUGAUAUGAAGCAGAAGGCAGAAGAGAUCCUAUCGUUCUACAAGAAGAAUCGUUAUCUUCCAGCGCCUGACAGUCAGUCAAAGAACACGCGACUAAAAUUGCUCCAUCGCUACGGCUUGCUCGAUCCGAAUCGAAGAGCGGCAGUGGCAAAGAUAGCUCAAGUAGCCCAGCUCGUCUUCAAUGCUGCUGCUGUGAUCGUCACGCUACUCGAGGAUUCUCAGCAGACGUUUGUCGCCUCGAUCGGAUUCAGCCAACCGGCGGGUAGCUCGCUUCCAACGCGGGACAGCUUCUGCCCCCAUUCACUCCUGACAGACGAGCCGUUGGUAGUACUUAGGCCAGAAGAGGAUUGGCGUUUUGCAAAUAACCCCAACGUCAAGUCUGGCCAUAUUGCGCAAUACAUUGGCGCACCCAUCUCCAUGGCCACCACUAGCGCUCUUGAGAUGGGUGUUCAGGCGGCCGAUCCCGCUGAUGGAGAUCAGAGGAUCAACGUCGGGUCGCUCUGCCUGCUAGAGAGCGACAAGUCACGUCGACGGACCUCGUUCAGUGCUGAAGACAAGAGGCUUCUGACAAGUCUUGCGGAUAUGAUUGCCCGCGAGCUCUCCACCUCACAUAUGACGGCACAGAUAGAGGCUCAAGCGCUUCAGCGGGAAUUUCUUGGCGACCUCCUCGCAUCAACGGUCUGCAGGCCGUCUCAGGCCACCUCAGCGUCAGACGGAGCGGCAAAUGCGCCUGUCGAUGUCUUUGAGAGGACAGUCGAAGGCCUGCGGCAAUAUCUGCCUGUCGACUUCGCGGCUAUUGUAGACGUGCGAAAUUAUCACGCGGCUUUAUCAUCGCUCAAUGACACGAAGUGGGCGUCUGCCGAUGCCCACUCCGGUGCGCCAUCGCGUCAGUCCCGUACUUGGACCAGCCAGAACGUUACUGGUGUCUUCAAGACUCUUCAGACCGCGUCCGGUCCCACCAUCAGCUGGCUCGAAGCCGAGGUCAAUAGCAAAGAAGCUGCUGUGACCAUCAUGGCCUCUUCGACUGAUUCUCGGCACAACGACUGGAUUGCGCAGAUCUCGAGCGCCAGACACAACGAAGACUACGCUGAAUGUUUGCUUGCCUUUCUGGAGCAUUCGCACGUCCGGUUCGAAGCCAAAGAUUUCAUACCUGGCCUUAGGCGCUUACUUCCUGCGCAUGCACAAGCAGCAAUGAUGAUACCCCUAUUCGCCGGCGAUGAACUGCAACCGCAGAUUAUGGUUCUCGCAGCCAGUUGUACCCCACACACCGAAUACACAAGCGCAGAGGCCGAUUUUGUCAGCGGCUUAGGCGCCAUUUGCCUUGGCCAGAUGCAGCGACGACAGAUUGUUGCGGCCUCAAAGAGCCAGACCCUGUUCGUCUCUCAGAUCAGUCACGAGCUCCGCACGCCAUUACACGCCAUCUUACUGGAGCUCGAAGGCAUGCGGGACGCACUCGAUUCGGAAGACUAUUACGAACAAAUCCUACCGAUGCUCAACACUGCUGCAGUGUGCGGCGAGAAUUUGCGAUCAGUGCUCGAGGAUGUUCUCGACUUCUCUAAGGUCGAGGCGGUCGGCGCGACACCGGUGCAUGCUCAUCGGAAGCGAGCUCUGACCGAAGUCGAUCUGAGCGAGGAGCUCAUUAAUGCUGUCAAGAGCUGUCGUGCGCGCAAGCUCAGAGCAGAUGCCAUUGAUGAUCGCUCUACCGGUGACAGAGUGUCGAUCAUCGUCGAAACGGAGGCCAAGCACGGCAGCUGGCAUGCUCUGGUUGAUAAGGCUGGCCUCAACCGAAUCAUAUUGAAUGUCACGGGCAAUUCGCUCAAGUACACUGAACAUGGCUCGGUCAAUGUAUCUUUGCGCGUGCUGCGAGAUCCGCCUGGAUCACAAUCGCCGGACGUACAGCAAACCGCGACUUCACUUAUUGAGAUCCGUGUCACUGACACCGGCUGCGGCUUUAGUAGCUCAUUCGCCAAGAACGACCUCUUCACGCCAUUCAAGCAAGGCAACGAGUUCUCGACAGGCGUCGGUCUUGGUUUGUCGAUUGUUCGUGCAAUUGUCAAGCGCAUGGUAGGCGACAUUCUUGUCGACAGUGUUGAAGGCCAAGGAACGACUAUGACGAUCAUACUGCCCGUCCAAUGGAUGGCUUCCUCGGAUGAUUCAGCGGUCUUGACGCCGCCGAAACGGGUGUGUCUCACUACUUAUGGCACACCUGUACCGUCCGCAACCUCGACCGAAGGGUCGCUGGGCCGCGUCCUCGCGCGAGAAUCGGUCCGAGCAUCCUCGUCACACAAGGCUGCAAAGCCGCCUGUAUCGCGAGACAGCUCUGCUUCUACCGCUCACUCAGGGAGCAAACGCUUUCGUGAUGGCCGCUCGGCUGACAUUCGAGUGCUCAUAGCCGAAGAUAACGCGAUAUCGCGUAAGAUUCUCACGACUAUGCUAGCGCGGAAAGGUAUCGACUAUCGAGCUGCGUGCGAUGGACAAGAAGCGAUCGAUAUCUACGCUCAAUAUCACCCGACAGUCUGCUGGCUCGAUGUCAACAUGCCGCGCAAAAGCGGGCUCGAAGCUGCAACGGAGAUUCGUCAGAUUGAGCAGAAGCAUUCGCUACGACGUAGCAACAUCGUCAUCAUCUCCGGCGGCUCAAGCGAGCAAGCCAGCUCGAUGCUUGCGACUGGUCAGAUCGACUCAUACAAUGUCAAAGGCGGCUUAUCGCUCAAGGCCCUCGUCGGUGCGCUUGAGAGCCAAGACAAUGACAGCAGCGCGCCCGAGGCGGCCAAUGCAACCCGUGAUCUGCUGCUGCGACUAGCGAUCGCCGGCGCUGGCGACUGCUUAAACCUCGGCGUAGACCCGAGCUCACGUCAACUGCAGAGCGAGAAAACUUACGACUGCCAAUAUUACAGACCUAGGAGUUCAACCCUCUUUGCAUUCGUCCUCGUCCGCGAAGCUGCUCGUUUGUGCGUGGUCGAUCAUACCUCAGUAGAUCCACAGGGAUCCCCCAGAACGAUCGACCUCGCUAGGGGGAGCGAGGCCUCAGCUGCCGAAUCAGUCGUCACUACAAGCCGUCCAGCGCCCGCUCAAGGGGUUGGGCGCAUCGUCUUUGCCAGUCCACUGCAGGGCAGAUCCACGCCUCCGUGCAGCCAGAGCGACGUCCACAUCCUCGAUGUCAGCAUUGAGCACAGCAGCGCUCCAGGGACACCUGAGCGACGGCUAUCGUUUGCCCCGGAGAGCAACAAAGCCCUCCGAUCAUGCUCUCUGCCACCUAUCAAGCGAGGCUUCCCUCGUGCGCCGCCACCGCCGGUCUUUGAGACGCCCGAGAUUUUUACCGGCUCGAUUCUGGAGGUCAUGCACAAUACGGUGGCUGAGCACGAAGAUCACGAUGGUCAUGCUUCGGUAGAAGACGCUUUCUUCGUCUGUGACUUGGCUCAAGUUUACAAACAAAUUGUGCGCUGGUGGGAUCAAUUUGGUCAUCCACUACAUGCCAGUGCUGAGCAUCGCAUCGAACCUUUCUUCGCCGUCAAAAGUAACCCUGAUCCGCUCGUGCUCAAGAUGAUGGCUGCGCUUGGCUUCGGUUUCGACUGUGCUUCGCAUACCGAGAUCGCACUGGUGCUCGCAUUGGGAGUGCAUCCCGAUCAGAUCAUCUAUGCCAACCCUUGCAAGGCUGCCUCGAUGGUUGGCCAUGCUGCAAGCCACCGCGUCAACCACAUGACGUUUGAUAACGCGGACGAGCUGCGCAAAGUCAGCAGACUUCAUCCCGACGCCAGAAUGGUCCUUCGCAUCCUCACAGACGAUAGCGGCUCUCUCUGUCGACUGGGUCUGAAGUUCGGGGCUGCGAUGAGCGAAGUCCGCCCGCUCCUGACCCGAGCAAAGGAACUUGGCGUCGAGGUCGUCGGCAUCAGCUUUCACGUAGGCUCGGGUUGCUCCAAUCCGUUACUGUACGACGAUGCCAUCCAUCGCGCCAAGCUUGCGUUUCAAAUUGGCGCAGAACUGGGCUAUGACUUUACUCUGCUCGACAUCGGCGGUGGCUUCGGCAGCGACAAUCUAGAGCUCAUGGCCGCUGUCAUUCAUAGAUCGCUUACUGUUCACUUCCCCGAUAGACGGAAAGUUCGCGUCAUCGCUGAACCGGGACGCUACUAUGUCGCAGAAGCGUUCCAGCUUGCGACCAACAUCAUCGCUCGACGUGGUCUGAGCGACGAGCAAGAGAGAGCUGCAAUACUUUGUGAGGCGGCGAAUACGACAGACGAGCCCGCUGUCAUGUACUAUAUCAAUGACGGCGUUUAUGGAUCGUUCAACUGCACGAUGUUUGACCAUCAAGUCGUGCAUCCGCGAGUCCUCACCGCCAAAGGCGCAGUCGUCGACGAUGGCAAGCAAUUCGGUAAAGUACAGCCAUGUUCCAUCUGGGGACCGACGUGUGACUCGAUUGAUGUCGUUCAGAGCAAAGCUUUUCUGCCGACAGAUUCGCUCGUCGUUGGCGACUGGCUGCGUUGGGAAAAUAUGGGUGCCUACACUAUAUGCGCAGCAUCUCAGUUCAAUGGGAUGGCACGCUCGGAGGUGAGCUACACGAUCGAUGCCGGCGGUGACGAUACCUUGGAAGCAAAAUUACGCGCGCUCGUCCUGUCAUGA